ACAGAAUAAACUCUUGAGCAUGAAACCAUCCGUCAGAAUCUUUUUCUGUCUGUUCUGUGGAGCUCUAUCAGCUGCUCAGGACUUCAUCCAGCCUGCAGCCGGCAGGUUUGGACACCAGAUACCAGAUCGGCCUGAAGUCCAGGAACCAGCAGCUGUCCUCCAGGAGAAGCAGUCUUUCCGUGAACCGUUGUCAUGGAGGUUUCCGGACCCUCCGGCUGAGGAGGAGCCUCGGUUCCCUCCAGACUUUGAGCUGAAGGCUCCGGAGGCGGCCAACAGUGUCAGCGCCAUCUGUGGGGAGAACUCUAUCCGGGUGGAGGCCAAGAAGGACCUGCUGGGGAUUGGUAAACCUGUCCUGGCUGCAGACGUCACGCUGGGAGGAUGUCCUGCCACGGGCGAAGAUCCUGAAGCUCAGGUCCUGGUCUUUGAGUCGGAGCUGCACGGCUGUGGCAGCCAGCUGCUGAUGUCUGAGGACUCGUUCAUCUACGACUUCACGCUGAUCUACACUCCCAGUCCUCUGGGCAACAGUCAAAUCAUCCGAACCAGAGGCGUCACAGUCAGCAUCCAGUGUCACUACCAGAGGAAGCAUGAUGUGAGCAGCGGCCUGCUGAAGCCGACCUGGAGUCCGUUCAGUCUCACCAAAGCUUCAGAGGAGAGUCUCUACUUCUCCGUCAAACUCAUGACCGAUGACUGGCAGUCUCCUCGUCCGUCCGCUCAGUACCUGCUGGGAGACAUGAUGAAGUUUGAGGUUUCAGUCAAACAGUUUCAUCACAUCCCUCUUAGAGUGACGGUGGACAGCUGUGUAGCCACUGUGGUCCCAAACGUCGACACCGUCCCUCGAUACGCCUUCCUGGGAAACAACGGGUGCCUGUUUGACAGCCAGCUGACAGGCUCCAGCUCUCAGUUCCUGCCUCGGUCUCAGGACGACAGACUGCAGUUUGAGGUGGAGGCGUUCAGGUUCCAGCAGGACGACAGCGGCAUGAUCUACAUCACCUGCAGUGUGAGAGCCACAGCAGCUGCUGCAGCUGUUGACGCCACCAACAAGGCCUGUUCAUUCUCCAACGGGUGGAGGGAGGCCAGUGGCAGCCAUCAGGUGUGUGCCUGCUGUGACACAGACUGUGGGACAGGAAGCCAGAGUCACCUGACGGGAACAGGUGCUCAGUGGGAACAGGAAACAGCUGUUGGACCAAUCACAGUGAAGGAGAGACCCCUAUAGUGAAAAAACAAAACCAAAAGAACUUUAAUAUGAAUGGAAUAAGAUUAAAG